CUCGAAUCAAAGGCAGUAGUGUUUAUCAUGAGAUGACAACUUGAGCUAACGUAUCACGUACCGUAACGCGUUGACGUGAGCACGUCGAGGAGGUGACGUGACACGUGUUUUUCGGCUGUCCACGCUUCUACACAGUGUGACAAUCGUUUCAGGCAGCUUUGAUCAGUUCAAUAGCAGAAAAAUGGCAGUCCGUGCAUCUUUUGAAAAGAAUAAUGAAAUUGGAUGCUUUGCCAAGCUCACAAACACAUAUUGUUUGGUGGCGAUUGGGGGUUCAGAAAACUUUUACAGUGUCUUUGAAGGUGAACUGUCAGAAACGAUGCCUGUUGUUCAUGCCUCUAUAGCAGGAUGCCGAAUUAUUGGCAGAAUGUGUGUGGGAAAUCGUCACGGUCUCUUGGUGCCAAACAACACGACAGAUCAAGAGUUACAGCACAUUAGGAACUGCCUGCCAGAUUCAGUGCGCAUUCAGAGAGUAGAAGAGCGUCUUUCUGCGCUGGGGAACGUCAUCGCUUGUAACGACUACGUUGCUCUAGUUCAUCCUGAUCUUGACAGAGAAACAGAAGAGAUUCUUGCAGACACGCUCAAGGUGGAAGUGUUCAGACAGACGAUUGCGGAGCAGGUGCUUGUGGGUAGUUACUGUGCCUUCAGUAACCAGGGAGGCCUCGUCCACCCCAAAACCUCCAUAGAAGAUCAAGAUGAACUUUCAUCACUCCUGCAAGUACCUUUAGUGGCUGGGACGGUGAACCGCGGGAGUGAGGUGAUCGCUGCUGGUAUGGUGGUGAACGACUGGUGUGCCUUCUGUGGGCUGGACACCACGAGCACUGAACUGUCCGUCAUCGAGAGCGUCUUUAGAUUGAGUGAAACACAGCCCAGCGCCAUCGCCACUACCAUGAGAGACUCGCUCAUCGACAGCCUCACAUAAAACUGAAAUCUGUAUUUGUGGGAAGAUGCCUAAAUGGACCUGGAAGUCGUUAUUAGACUUCAGUUUGAAGACUGAUUAUGUCUCCCUUCAGGGAGAAACACUCUUUUGUCUUUAUGCCAUGAGAAAACAUGUUGUCAUUCUAAUAUUCAUGUAUGAACUUUUUGUAAAAUACUAAGACAAAAUCACUGAUGGGCUGAGUUGAUCUGUAAAUCACUUCACAUACUACACACACACACACACACACACACACACACACACACACACACAUAAAUAGACCACAUGACCAUUAAAUGGUGGCAGAUGUAGAGUUUGUUUCACACAAUGCAGCUUCAAUAAAGCUGUGCAUAAUCAACAUAGACUGGUUUGUUAAAUAAAAAUCAUACAUUUCCACAGAAGAUCCUUUUUAGGGAUUUUUAUGUUGCUUAUGUAGUUUGAAUAUCAAUAAAAGCCUUAUGACAACA